AUGUCGAGCUUCACAAUGCUCUACAUACAGUAUUACAAGGAAGUUAGUAUUCUUAUUGUCCCACUGGAAGAUCAAGGUGUGCCAGUGGACACGCCUGGGGAGAUUCAUCAUUCAGAAAAUGAUGUUGGCAGGACCUGGAGUUCUGGCAGGCAAUCAGAUUUGAUUCAAAGAGGCAAGAAUAAACAGAGACAAUUCAGUGAUGACUGUGAUUGUCUAGAGACAGAUGACGGUGACCUGGACUACACACGAGAGGUCACUUCUGAUCAAAGCACGAACCAGAAAAGUCAUUUCAAUGCACCUUCCCACAUUCGCAGGAAAAUUAUGUCUUGUCCUCUUUCCAAAGAGCUGAGACAGAAGUACAAUGUGAGGUCUAUGCCCAUCCAGAAGAAUGAUGAGAUGCAGAUUGUAUGCGGACACUAUAAAUGUCAGCUGACUGGCAAAGUCCGGGUUUACAGGAAGUAUGUCAUCUACAUUGAACGGGUACAGCAGGAAAAGGCCAAAGGCAUCACUGUCCACAUGCGCAUUCACCCCAGCAAGGUGGUUAUCUCCAGGCUGAAACUGGACAAAAACCGCAAAAAGAUCCUGGAAUGCAAAGCCAAAUCUCAUCAAGCAGGAAAGGAAAAGGGCAAAUACAAGGAAGAAAUGAUUAUUGAGACGAUGCAGGAAUGA